AUCAUCUAUCAAACCGUACGUACGUUUAGCUACAUACAACACGGGGUCUUCGCAGAAAGACAGCCAUCAACCUUUGCUUCAAACCAACCGGCUGCCAUCUUUGUCAUCCCAAUCAUCCGACAUAGGGCAUGAUCAAUCAAGCGGCGAGCUUGAAAGGAUAUUGUCCGAUUCAAGCGUGCCCUUCUUUCAGCGUCUCCAGCCAGCUAUAUGGAUCGAGCUGAAGCUCCUCUUCUACCUUGCCGCUCCUGCUGUUAUCGUUUACAUGAUCAAUUAUCUAAUGUCCAUGUCCACCCAAAUCUUUUCCGGCCACCUUGGCAACCUUGAGCUUGCCGCCGCCUCUCUUGGCAACACUGGCAUCCAAAUCUUUGCAUACGGCCUCAUGUUAGGAAUGGGGAGUGCUGUGGAGACUCUCUGCGGACAAGCAUAUGGAGCCGGAAAGUACGACAUGCUAGGCAUAUAUAUGCAAAAAUCAAUCAUCCUCCUCACUUCAACGGGUGUCAUCCUCAGUAUCAUUUACAUAUUCUCCAAGCCCAUCUUAAUAUUUCUCGGAGAAUCACCCAGAAUUGCAUCUGCAGCCGCGGUUUUUGUCUACGGCUUAAUACCUCAAAUCUUCGCAUACGCGGCAAACUUCCCCAUCCAGAAAUUUCUACAAGCUCAAAGCAUAGUAAUCCCUAGCGCAUAUAUAUCAACGGCGACGCUUUUCCUACACCUUGUGCUCAGCUGGCUAGCAGUGUACAAGAUGAGGCUUGGCCUUUUGGGUGCAUCAACGGUGCUGAGCUUGUCGUGGUGGAUUAUAGUGGUGGGACAGUUUGUGUAUAUAGUGAAGAGUGAGAGGUGCAAGUAUACGUGGAGAGGGUUCAAUCUGCAGGCGUUUACAGGCUUGACGGGAUUCUUCAGGUUAUCGGUGGCAUCGGCUGUGAUGCUCUGCCUGGAGACGUGGUAUUUUCAGAUUCUUGUUCUGCUUGCUGGAUUGCUAGAGAACCCCGAGUUGGCUUUGGACUCUCUAUCCAUUUGCACUACAAUCUCGGGAUGGGUCUUCAUGAUCUCCGGGUUCAACGCUGCCGCAAGUGUGAGAGUGAGCAAUGAGCUUGGAGCAGGAAAUCCAAAGUCAGCGGCAUUUUCAGUGGUGGUGGUGACCUCGAUCACUUUCUUCAUCUCUGUGAUUGCGGCGCUAAUUGUGAUUGCUUUGCGCGAUGUCAUAAGCUAUGGCUUCACUGAAGGUGAAGUUGUAGCUGCUGCUGUGUCCGAUCUGUGCCCCCUUCUCUCCCUUACCAUCGUCCUCAACGGAAUUCAACCCGUCUUAUCUGGUGUGGCUGUUGGAUGUGGAUGGCAAGCUUUCGUUGCAUACGUAAAUAUUGCAUGCUAUUACGGGGUUGGAAUACCAUUGGGUUCGCUUUUCGGGUUUUACUUCAAAUUCGGUGCCAAGGUGGAAGAAGCUAGGAAAAGGUUGGACAAGUGGGAGGAUCAUAAGAUCAAGGACAACAUGGAACCACACGUUACUUAAUUAAUUGAAGAACUGAAUUACUUAAACAAGUUUUUGGAGGCUGAUGAUCAUAAGAUAGUCAUUGUUGAUCUAAGAACAAAAACUAGAGGCUAUAUUCCUUUCCAGAAUCGAGAGUCAUAUUGUUUGGCAUAAACUUGUAAUCAAGAAGAACUUUUCUAGUAUUUAUCAGAGAGGGUACUAGUGAGGGCACUAGUGUUUGGAAAGCGAUACUGCUGAUCGAGCAAUUCUUAAAAGAAAAAUGAUAGGA